AUGUCAACAACCGGGUUUAGAGAUACAUUAUGUAAUCUUAAACCACUUGGAAUUCCUCGUCCAACUAUCAAAGGAUUAAAAUUCAUACCAACCAAAGGACGAAUGGGUUUUUACAAAACAAUAAAACAAGAUGGAGAAAAAUAUGGUGUAAGUAUAAAAAAUCAAGGUCCCAGGAGACCAGCAUUACCAGGUGUUGAAUUUUGGAAACAAAAUCAGGAAAAGGUAGAAGAAAAAGAACAGUCACCUGAAUUAAAUGUAAAUCAAAAAGAGAAGGAAGUUAAAGAGAAUAACAAUGAUGAUAAAAUUACAAAUUACAAUAAUAAUGAUGAGGCUAAUGAUAUUGUUGGGGAAUUAAAAAAUAUCAAUAGAAAUAGUUUAAAAGAUUUUAAUUAUAAUCGUUCCCAUAUUUUAACACCAAUAUUUUCAAAGAUGACUGUUAUAGAAGAAGGAUAUAUGUCACCACCAGAAGUUCCAGAACCAGAUUAUGAUGAUAAUGACAUUGAGGAUCAGGUAAUAAAUGUAAAAGAACAAGAAAAAUAUCCAAAAACAAUUAUAUCACCUGUUCAUAAAUUUAUGGAAAGAAACCACAUUAUAAAUAAAAUGAAUACCAUUAGAACAAAUGACAAUAUCAAUAAAUACCACUUAUAUAAUCAGGAGAUGGGGCAAGUUAAUAAAAAUCAAGGAUUACCUCCAAUAAGAAGGCCUUAUUAUUGGAACAAUGGACAUCAUAUUAAUUACCAGAAUACUCUUGUACAAAAAUUAUAA